GUGGACAGACGCCCCGCCCCCCGGCCCCUAUAAAGCCUCCAGCUUUUCCUCGCGAGAUACUCCGUGCUCAUGCUAGCGGCAGGGGUCGGAGGUCAGGGCGAGCGUCUGGCGGGCAGAAGGAAGAAGAUGGCGGUGGAGUCGCGCGUUACCCAGGAGGAGAUCAAGAAGGAACCAGAGAAGCCAAUCGACCGCGAGAAGACAUGUCCGCUGCUGCUCCGGGUCUUCACCACCAACAACGGUCGGCACCACCGCAUGGACGAGUUCUCCCGCGGCAACGUCCCGUCCAGCGAGCUGCAGAUUUACACCUGGAUGGAUGCAACCUUAAAGGAACUAACUAGUUUAGUAAAAGAAGUCUACCCAGAAGCUAGAAAGAAGGGCACACACUUCAAUUUCGCAAUUGUUUUCAUGGAUCUUAAAAGACCUGGCUAUCGAGUGAAGGAGAUUGGCAGCACCAUGUCUGGCCGAAAGGGGACAGAUGACUCCAUGACCCUGCAGUCACAGAAGUUCCAAAUAGGCGAUUACUUGGACAUAGCGAUCACCCCUCCCAAUCGGGCACCACCUCCUUCAGGGCGCAUGAGACCGUAUUAAAUUGUAUCUACUCCCUCUCAAAUUUAUUUUUCACCCAACUAUGUAAAAUAAACUUACUGUUUUCCUCCCCUGA